ACAUUUAUAUAAAUCUUUGUAUUAUAGCUUCUUUGUAUUAGUUUAAUAGUAUAUUGUUUUAUUACUUUAGUUUGUAUUCAGAUCUGUUAAACCAUAUAUGCUUUAUAGUCAGUGAUCUGGUGUGAGAAUACUAGUCCCGAUGCUUCCAUAUAGAGCAAAAUCAUUAAAGAGGCGUUUUCUCCUACCAUUCUUUCUUUCAAUAAUUGUAGUGCUGUUAUUUUCAUAUAAUUUAUAUCUGAACAAGGAUGUCGACUACUUUAAACAAUAUGCGUCUUACGUAGGAGGAGGAAGCAUUCCUAUAUCUGAGUCGGUAAUACCAAAUGAAGAUUCCCAGCCACAAGUUGAAACACGUAAUUCUAAUGAUGAUAACAAUAAUAAUAAUGAUGGCAAUUUCGAUGAUAAUGCCAAUAAACUAGUGAAUCAAGAAGAUGUGCGUGCAAAUCAAAAUGAAAACAAUGUGAAUUCUCCAGAUGAAAGGAAUGAUCAGUCGGAUACCAAUUCCAAUUCCAAUUCUGAUUCCGAUGACUUAGUACGACCAAUACGCCAAAAUUACAUCAAGAAGCAAUUUACUUCACCACACUCGUCAUUUAAAAGAAUUGAAUAUUACAGGAAAGAAGAAAUCCCUGUUAGUCAGAAGACAGUACUAAUCUUAGUUAAUAUCGGUCAAAAAGCAGCAUAUGGUAGAGAUAGAACUUUUUCUGACUUUAUGGACACCCUUUCUACUUUAUACGAGACUCCUUAUAAAGGACUUGUCUUGUCAAUUGGAUUCUUAAGUAAUAUUGAUUCAGAAUUCCAAACAGUUCACAAAUAUUUUGAAGAUAAUGUGGGUUCAAUUCUCCAAAAUGUACCGUUUAUAUCAAGGAUAUCAUUAUAUUCUAAUUCAGAUUUAGAGGUUGAUGGAGGGUUUACCCGUCAGCAAAGACAAAAGGAUGAAUUUCAAAGAUUCAGAAGAAGGUUGAUUGCUAAAAAUAGAAAUUUUCUUGUAAAUUCAGCAUUACAAGACGAACAGUAUAUCUUAUUCCUUGAUGCUGAUAUAGUAAGAUUUGAAAAGCCUGAUAAAAUUAUUCCAACAUUUAUUCAAUCUGAAAAGGAUAUUUUGGUUCCAAGAAUUGUUAAGGGGGGCCUUCUAGAUUUUGAUAAGAAUUCUUGGAGAGGAGAAAGAACUAAACCAACAGAAACGCAACUAGAACUUUUCAAUGCUGGUAAGUAUGAUGACGCAAAAUAUGUCCCUAAAGAUGUGGAAUCAAACAUGUUUCACUUUCAGAACUUUGUUGCGGAGGAUAAAUAUAAACGUUUAAGAAGAUAUUUUCUGUACAAUACAGAAUUAGACUCAGUAGGUGGUGCUGUUCUCUUUACAAAAUCCAUAGUAUUUAGAUUAGGUGCUAUAUUCCCAACUAGUUAUAUUGUGGGUACUACUUGGGAUAGAACUGAAGGAUAUGAUGGCAUAGAAACAGAAGGUUUGUGUUAUUUAGCCAAACCAUUGGGAUUCAGGUGUUGGGGAUUCCCUAACAUUGUUGCAUAUCAUGCUGAAAGAUAGGUUUCCGUUUUGGAGCUAAUACUUCGGAAUACUGCAUCACCAGUACGAACAUUCAUUAGCAUUACAUGUACUUAUAAUUAUUUAAUUUAUAUACAUUAUACAUUUGACUGCAAAAACAUUUUUUGCGGCUUCGAAUUAAAGACAAAAUUUCUGUAAUCCACUAUCAGCUUAUUCUUAAAUACACUAUGAUGGCAUUUAAAGGAUUGAAUAAUAUCCCUUUGAUUGAUUUCUCCAUAAUCACCAAAAUGGUUGUACUCCUCCAGAUAAUGAAUCUAUAUCCAUAAAUAUAUAAAGUUUAUUUCCUACAAAUUAAUUAAAAAAAACUGAGUAGUUCAGC